AUGAGCUCUAUAUUACCCACUACAAAUAACACACUUGGUCCAUCAUCAUCAUCGGCAUCGUAUUAUAAUCAGGGUGCAAGACACAGAAAGGGCUCGCCUGCUCUGUUGCGUCGAUUGUUUCGUUUUCCACAAAUGGACUUUGAAUUUGCUUUAUGGCAGAUGGGAUAUCUAUUAAUUGCGCCGAGAAGAGUAUAUCGAAACAUUUAUUACCAUAAACAGACCAAGAACAGAUGGUCAAGAGACGACCCAGCGUUCAUUGUACUUUUAGCAGCAUUUUUGACAUUAUCUGCCAUAGUUUGGGGGUUCACAUAUCAUUUGGGCACAUAUGGCAUCAUCAAGACCAUUUUAUCGAUGCUGUGCAUAGACUUCCUACUGUUUGGAGCAAUGAUAGCAACAUUCACAUGGUACAUUUCCAACAAGUUUUUGAUUCAGAAUGCCAACACGUACGCAGUAGCACAGCAAGUGGAGUGGGCGUAUGCUUUUGACGUCCAUUGCAAUGCAUUUAUUCCAGUAUACCUCAUUUUAUAUGUGAUUCAGCUGUUCUUUUUGCCGCUUAUUUUGAAGGAAAAUUGGAUAUCCAUGUUUAUUGGCAAUUUCAUGUAUUGCGUUGCAUUGGUCUGGUAUAUGGUGGGCGUCUUUUUAGGCUUCAAUGCAUUACCCUUUUUGGUUCACACAGAACUCUUCUUGUACCCCAUCGCCUUGUGGAUUGCAUUAUUUGUCGCAUCACUGUUUGGUGUUAAUAUCCCACAAUAUGUCCUCAGCCAUUACUUUUAA